CUUCGGACCUGGGGGUGGGGGGCGGUGUUGGGGUUGAGGGCAUUUGUUGCUAUGCUUUUGGAGAUUCUGCUUUAUGCCAAUUGGACCAAAACGAAGUCGUGUCUCCUCUCAGCCAAUGGGCACUCUGGUCACGAGGGCCUUUUCUCAGAAAAAGAGAGACGGGCAGAAAUGCUCGCGACGCAAGGAUAAUUGUCUGACGUUAAAACAGUUAAGUUUAAAAUGUUCGUGUUUCCUCUCGUGAAAGUCCAAUAAUGAAGCACUAAAGAUUGGUCCAGAGCUCAAAAUGGACGGACACCAGAGCAGAUCAGUGACUUCGCUGCAGCAGACACGUCAACGCCAGACGGGUGUUAGUGGUGUAGGCAGUGGUCGAAUGCCAGCGUCCUUUGCUCCAAUGGCUCCACGUCCAGGACAGGACAGCACAUCCUACAGGUCCUGGUUUUCUAGUUCCCAAGCUGAACCAAGUCAACUCAGUUUCCCUAAAAACAGUAAAUCUAUUGACGAAGCUGACUGUGAUGGAGAGGCAGAUCUGCAGGGUCUAGUUUCAAAUAUUUUGGAUGAAGCAGAUUCACAGGAUAGCUUCUACAGUGGGAGCCUACCUACGCGUAAUCCCAUCUGGUCUCCAAAGGCACUGAAUGAAGAACUGCUGCAAUAUUUACAGUGGGAGGCAAAGACUCCCAAUAACUCUUCCUUUCCUUCAAACCAUCUGUCACACAAGGCUUUCAGCAAUGUACAGCUACAGUCGGUGCUCAAAAAUGGUGAUGGGCUGAGUCAGCAGUCCAGUGGCCUUGGUGGCAAUAAACAAUGUUUUAGUUUGCCAAAUGGAGACAAUUAUUCCUUGCAUUCUCAAAAACCACCGCCAGGUCUACCACUGCCCCAGACACAUAACACCAAACCAUCACAUAUGCACCAAAUGACUGACAUCAACAUGUCACCUUGCAACGACAGAAGAAACAAUCAGCCUUUGAAUAAUUUCCCAGAACUUAGUAGCAUUUUUCAUCACCAAAAUGAAAUCAACAACUCCUGCUUUGAUGCGCAUCAUGGAGAUCACUACACUCAGAGCAGUGUAAAUUCAUUCUGGAAUGAAAAUUGUGUACCAGAAGACCCGAACCAACUGGUCAGCAGUUUUCAGUCGUUCAUACCAUCUGAGCAUAAUGGCACUUGUCAUGAUGACUUUCCAAACAUUCACAAGCAGACAGUGGGCUUGCACAAAGACGGAUUGCCUGAACAGUGGAAAACCUCCAGUCCUGCAAUGUCAAUGUUAAGUUUUCCUGCAAUGCAAAGUCUGAAACAACUGUUUGGAGACGUUGGGUCAGUGCAAAGGGGAAGAGCUGAAGAAGCAAGGAAACAAAACCAUCAUGCCUGUCGAGGUCCUCUUGAUUUCAGCCCUCAGCAUGUAGAGUACUUUCAGAAGUCAAAGGCACUUUCUGCGCAUUUCAACUUCCCAAACCAACACCAAAACGGGAGGAGCAUUCCCAAUGAGAGCAGUAAUCUGAGAGUGAACCACUUUGCAAAACAAGUCCAACCGAGCCACAUCCAAAAUAAUAUGAACUCCCAAAUGGAGAGAGGGAAAACGAAGAUGCAGAUGUCUGGAUUUCAUGGAGAUGGCUUCUCUGUGAGGCAACAAGGCAACAUAACAGAGGGACGUAUACAGCCUCUCUCACCAUACCCACACUUUAACUUACAGGGGAACAUGCAGUCUGCUAGACCUGAUAGAGAGAAGAACACGUCCGGCGCAGGGCAUGCACCACAUUUCAUACCUUUAAUGUAUCCGGUAAAUGACCCCAGGAGGUGCUCUGGCAUUCCCAUGAGCUCAAACUUCAUCUCUAGAUCUACAGUGCCCUAUGGAAAUGGUGUCUCAGGCAUGAAUGUAAACGAGAUGAUGCCGACUAACGAGGCUGCAGCUUUUAGCUCCAGUGUCAGUAACACAAAGGCCCACAGAGCAGGGAACACCUUUGGCAUGGCACCAGCUUUGGCAUCCUCACUAAUGAGUCAGGGAGGGCCAGCAGUCCAGCUCUACGUCUCCCUGGAUGACUGCUAUGAACAGUGGAGGUGUUUGGAGAAGGGAAGGAAGAAGAUGGAGAUCUUUCUUAAAAAGAACUUUCCUGGGAAAAAAACCUUAAUAACGACUAGCAACAGCCUUCCCGAAUAUCCACCAAACCCCACAAGAGUGGACCACCUGGUUAUCAAUCUGAUGAGAGAACAAAUAAAGGUGGAGAGCAUUCUGGUUAGAAUGAAGUGUCUGUGUAGCAUCCCGCUACACAUCAGCAUCGAGAUGGCGCUAAGAAAUCACUACGUGGCUCUUUGCAUCACACAGGCCAGAUGCAAGGAGGGCAGUGACAAGUGGACCAAAAUCCAGCAGCAGGGAGUUGGUUUCACUGAGGACAGAGAUAACCUGUUGUUGAUCGCUGCGCUGAACGAGCUGGCUGCUACGACCAGGAGGCUUUGCACAGCUCUGUGGUGCACCCUGCAGAUGACCAUGCAGCCACCUGUCCUGGUGCAGGAACAUCAUGCUUGUGAGGAGCCCACAUGCACUGAGAGGUGCUCCUCUCUGUUCCAGGGUUACACUUUUUGUUUAUAAAUGAGCUUUAUUCCAGCAUGAGUUAAACAUGCUCAUGAGGUGAACAAAGUCAGUGUUCCAGACUUACUAAUUUACAUAAACAUGACAUUUUAUCUUAAAAAAAAAAAACAGGGAUCACUUGAAAGAAGUGAGAUGCAGUUUAAUGCUUGGAAAUGACUGGAUUGUUUACACCAGCAAGCAUCUUUGCUUGUUUUGGAAUGACAUGAAAUGCAUUUUACAACCUGCUAAAUGUUAACUUACUUUCACCGAAACAGUUUCAGCUUCAAAUCAGCAUAAAUCUUGUCCCAUGAAAGUUUUAUUUAAGGACACUAUUUAUGUCGAAGAUUCCCGGGAAUUCUUCAUUUUACUUAUUUAUUGGAACAUAAUAGAACUCAGUUCUAUGUGUUCCCCAACAAUGACUGAAUCACAAAGGCAGUAGUUUCAAGUAACUAAACACUAAAUUGUAUCCCUUAAUGUUCCAAUCAAUCCUUUUUACUUUUGCAACUUCAAGAUUUUGUAAUCAGAGGGUUCUUAUCUGUGGUUCAGUUACAAAUGUCCUAAUAAUACUCAAGUCUUCUGGGGGUGGGGGGGUCCGUUUAUUUAAACGCAGUAAUCAAACUUCCAUUAAGUUAAUGUUGUAAGAUAAUUUAUCAGUGAAGGUUUUCCAUUUAAUGUGGUAUUUUAAGUCUAUUUAAAAUUAAAACAUUUCAGACCUUUUAAAAUGAAAACAAAUGUUUAGAAAACAUAAUUUUGUGUCUCCAUUUCUAACAUUCAGUCAAAACUUUGGAUCCAUCCAUACUUUAAAAAGUUGUGAAUGUUGAGGGCUUGCUGUGUUAUCAGUGAAUUGUGCGGGUUUAUAAUUGAUCUUGCAGCUCUGAGUU